GCGGAAGUGGCUGCGUCGACGGCAACCGGAGGGGCGGAAAUGGUUGCAGCGACGGAGGAGUGGUGGUCAUUCCCGGUGGCCGCGUGGGUCGCGGGUCCGUCGGCGAUCGUGGAAGCGGUUGUGUGUGUGGUGGUCACCGGGGCAGUUGUAGGGGCGGCGAUCGCGGGGGCUCCGAGGUCGGUGGGGGAAGUGACGUCACGGUGGGCGGCGGCCUUUGGUGCCGCGGGCGCUGUGGAGGCCACAUGUGUAAUGGCGUCCGACAGGCCUGUGGAAGAUUCUGGAAUAGUUGAGGGGCCACGAGUGUGGGGAUUUCUCAACAGUGCAAGAAUGUCCAACACAAAGAAUCACUACUUUCAGUACAAAGGCUGUAACUUUGUUUCCACUAUCUACACAAAAGAACAUUUAGAACAACUGCAACAUUUUGAAAUAAAGGACACAGAUGUCUUUAUUGUGACGUACCCUAAAUCUGGUACGAUAUGGAUGCAGCAAAUAAUGAGUUUAAUUUAUUCUGAUGGCGACCCAACUGCUGUACAAAACAAACCAGCAAUCGAACGUGUCCCUUGGAUUGAAGUACCAAACUCAAAUUUUCCAGCACGCCCAUCCCCUCGCCUGAGUGUGACACAUUUGCCCUAUCAUUUAGUUCCAAAAGCCUUGAAGGAAAAGAAGGGAAAAAUUAUUUAUGUUGCACGGAAUCCUAAGGAUGUACUGGUGUCUUCCUAUUAUUUCCAUCAGUAUCUCGCCCUUUAUGAAUCACCAAAGGAUUUUCCAGACUUUCUAGAAAAAUUCCUUGAAGGCAGAGUGGAAUUCAGCUGCUGGUUUGACCAUAUCAGAGAGUGGUAUGCUCACAGGGAUGAAUUCAACUUUUUGUUCAUGACUUAUGAAGAGUUGAAGAAAGAUCUUAGAGCAUCAAUACAAAAAAUUUGCAACUUUGUUGGAAGACAGCUGGAUGAUGAAAAACUGGACAACGUGUUAGAACACUGCAGGUUUGAUAGUAUGAAAAAGAAUCCAAUGGCCAACUAUGAAGGAGUUCCCAAAAGAUCCGAAGAAGGAACAUUCCUUCGGAAAGGUAAAAUUGGAGACUGGAAAAAUCACUUCACUGUGGCUCAAUCUGAAAUGUUUGAUAGAGUUUUCCAAGAAAAAAUGAAGGAUGUGCCUUUAAAGUUUAUCUGGGACAAUGAAUAAAUCAAAUGCAACAAUGAACAGUAUGCGAAAUUCUGGAAACAAAGGAAAAUGUGAACAAGAGAAUAUGUAUGUCUAAACAGGGUAUUUGUGGAGAAUUAUACUUAGAAGGGUAAAUUUAUACAUUUUAAAUACAGGUGAACAUUCAAUGUAUGAAAGUUUAGAUGCAAGCAAACAUUAAGCAUGUGAUUACUAUUGAUCAAUCAAAUCCUGUGGAUUAGCAAAAAUUGAUAAUCUGGAUUUCUUGUGUUUUAUGGUUGGAGAAUAUGGUUCUAAAUUCUGCCUUGGAAAUGAAGAGACAAAUACUCAGGAUUUUCAAUCAUUGUGCAAAACAUGGAACAGUGACAUAUUAUUUACUUUAAAAAUUUAGAAUAUUGUCAUGUAUUUCUCAAAGUUCAGACCUGGGAAAAUUUAUGGAUUUCUGGGGCAUGCAUGUACUUGAUUUCUUUUGUAGUCUAACAAGUUUGGAUAUGCUAGUUUCUGAAGUUCUUUUCAAGUAGUUAGUUGUUUUAUUUUUCCAUGAAAAAGAUGUAUAAAUGUAGAUAUUCAGCUGUAAAAUUUAAAAAUUGAUCACUAUGAAAUGCUAAGUACAUUUACAUAGAAUUACAUUUACAACAGAGGAACAGGCCUUCAGUCCAAUCUGGAAAAUGCUGGUGUUUGUGUUCCAUUCACGCCACCUCACAGCUAUCACCGUGCAUUCCAAAAAAAUAAUGGCACAUUGUUAAAAAUUGAUUUCUCCUUCUUCUCUCACGGCCUCAGGAAAUGCUAUAAGGGACCAGAAACAAUUUCCGCUGCUGCUGCAGAGCUUCCUUUUCCUGGAUGGUCUCAGCGGCUCGGCCUUGCUCCCUUCGAUGGAACUGUCCACUGCUCUCCUCAAAGAUUCCAACUACUUCACAGUCCUAUGGCCCUGUUGUUUCAAGUAAAAAAAUCAGUUAAAAAUUCUGCCCUUGGUAUCUGCUUUAGCUUUACAGCUACCAAAUGAUAAAGUGGUUAAUUGAUUAAUUUCUGGUAAAUUGAAACGUCAUAGACACGGAUUAGAGGAAGACUCACUGGUGGUUAUGAACGAGAGCUGAUUAGGUAUUAUUUGUUGAAAAUAAGCAUUCCCUUUGUCCAGAUAUGGUGCAAAUGUUAUCUGACACUGGUCAUCCCAGGCUGGAUGAAGUCCUGGCUCAGCUAUAGAUUGGCAAAAGCUUUUUCAGUAACAGUAAUUUGAAUGCUACGGAAUAGUAUAGAAUCACUAUUACAAGGGUAGUACUGAAGUGAUGAUGGUCCCAUGGUGCUGGAUGAAUUUGAUGAUUUUUGGGCUGAGAACACUGUUCCUGCGGAUCUUCUGUUGCAAUGCCCUGGACUUGUGUCAUCUCUGGAAAGCUCCUAAGUGGAGCAAUCCUAGCUCCUUUGUCAGGUAUGACUCUAGCAACUGGAUGAUUUUCCCCUCUAUCCCCCAAACAUUGACAUUUUGCCUGGGCACAGCUUUAUUCAUAAUAAGAUUGUUUAAUUAUAUUGGGAAUGGAUUUAUUUUGUUUGGGGUGGAGAGGAGUCAAACGAGCCAGGAUAUUGUCACAAAUGUUGUGAUUUGGUAUGAUUUAUGAUAUUCUGGCCUGUGUUUAUUAAAAAACACAAUAAAACUUGUUUUACUUUCUCAUGUAAA